GGGUGAAAUGAGGGGUGAAGGCGGCGUUGGAGGGGAGAUGGACGACUAUAAAUGCUGGGUUUCAAACUCACAGGUUGUCAGAGGCCUUCGAGCAUCCGAGCCAAGCGCAUCAUCAGAGCAGCAUCACCGCCUCCACGAUCUCAUAUCCGUCCACCAUCUUCAUCUUCAUCCACCAGCAUGUGCAGGCGUGCCCAUUCUCCACCCCCUGCCAUAUCACAGCCACACAUUUCAGUACAGGUUAAACGCCCCUGCCUGGUUCGCAAAUUGGUCGGGUCAGCCCGAAUCAACCUGAACGACUAUUGGAAAGUUCUGGAGGCGACGAUGGAUCCGCACGCAAAUAAUUGCGAGAACGAGAACAUCGACAACGAGAGGAAAAUGGCGAAUCUUCGUAUCAAGGACACCACCAACGAUCGGGUAGCUACCUCCAAUCAGUCCUUGGUGUCGACAACGAAGAUGUAGCACCGAACUCCUGAUCAGGGGGAAACAAUCCUAUUGCUUCACACAUCAGGGUUCAUCAUAGCCUACUCCUCUUUCUUCUGUAUGAAUGUGAGUAUCAGGUGAAUGAUCCUAGUACUUUUUCAAAAAAUUAUUUGAAGCAAUGACAUCACAAAAUGAUUGUAAUCUACAGUACUCCAAUGCAGUAAACUUCAAAGUAAUCGUCUAGCUCUCCAAAACUAUCACUCCACAGUUCUAUAGAAUCCAUCAUUCCAUUCGAACAAUAUUUUCUCUAUUCGACAAUAAACUAUAAAUUGGUUUAAUAAUAAUAUUCCAUAGAUGGUUGGAUAUAACAAUAUUGUGAGUUCAUCCGACAAUGAACUAUAGAUUGGUUCAAUAAUAAUAUUUCAUAAAUGGUUUAAAAUAACAAUAUUGUGUUGUACAAAAAUAACAUACAUAAUAGAAUUUAUGAGCUAUCAGCUUUGAAGGUCGUUAGGGGUAUGAUUGAAUUUCUCACAUUGUCUUCCAUUAGAUAAGAUUAAUCAUAGGAAUGGGUAGAAUUACUUCAAUAAAAUCACUAGCUGUCUUCCAAGCAUUUAAGUUAGAAUAACAUUUUUUGUAAUUAGAUGUUAUUAUUAUUAUUAAAUUAGUUUGAUAUAAUUAGUUGAGAACCAAAAUAAUUAUAUAGAAUUAACACCAGCAAUAUUUUUUUCAAUUUAUGAAUUUGUUCAUAAAAAUUUGCUAAUGUUGCUUUACAACAUUCUAUCGUUUUAUUUAUGGAAUCAAUUUUUUGAUGUGGUGGAGGAUUAUUAUUGUUAGUGAAUGAUGCAUACGGUUCUCCACUAACAAUAAUGAUUCACCACUUCAAAAUUUUGAUUUCAUGAAUGUAAUGAUGAUUUGGGGUGAAUUUUCUGAGCAAAUUAAUAUAUUUGAUAUAUUGCUGGUGUUAAUUUUAGAUAUUUCUCAGAUAGGCCGAUUGUGUAAGAUAAUAAGUGAAUUUUAGUUAACUUCUUAUAAGAUUGGGAGGAUUGAAUAUUUUUAUAUAAUUGGACAUACUUUUAGAAUGAUCCACAGAUUGAAAUGUAGAUUCUGGAUAUCUAGAUUUAAACGAUCAGUACUUGUAAGGAAUCAAUGUCUUCCAGUUAUUAUAUUGAUAUUUUAGAAUUAUGUAGUAUGAUUUCUAUUUGUUUUGUGACUCAAUUGAAGAAUAGUAGAUGAAUUACUGAGAAUGAUUGCAAUCCAAAUAUAAUUAUAACUCAAAUUAAGUCUUGCAAUUAUCAAUUCUGCUGAAAUCAAUAUCUAAUUCAGAAAAGUAGUCCAUUGAUGAACUCACGUAAUAUCGUCUAAAUUACUUUUCACUAAACUCCAUCCAUUACAAAUCAACAAUACACUCGAUAGACUGGUCUAUUCUAUUCUAUGAGAAUCUAGUUCCAUUCAGUAGUAUGGACUUACUUGGCAAGUGAUUUGAUCCAUGAAUAAAAGAUUGAAUUCUCAUCUCAGAACGAACUUAUUGUGCCAUGAUUGAGUUUCAAAACAGUGUUGGUUAGAAGCUUUAAUUGUAUUUUUAAUGAUAUGGUAGCGUAUGAUAUGAGUAGCAAUUAAGGAAACCCAAUGGUCUUUCAUUAGUAGCAAGAAGUUUAGAAUAGUUUGGAGAGCACCAAAUAUCCAAGCAAUCUCGUCGGAUUAAAUAAUUUUAAACAAAACUGAACCCUUGAUAGAGCAAGUAGUUGAUGGCUACAUUAGUGAUUUUAGAUUCCGUUUUUAGAUUCCGUGAUAUUUUUCUCAUUUGAAAUUAAAUGGCCGAAUAGAUAAUACUUGUUCUCAAUAAUUGGAUUUGAAAAUGCAACACUACUUAAUAAUAAAAAUGGUGCUCUCCGCAUUUUUCUGUGAUAUAGUUAUAGCAAGUGGAUUUUAUAUUUCUAUCGAUAAGUUUUUUUGUACUCAGGUAGUUUGAAAGUAGUAUUUUGAAUUUUUAUUGAUGAUUUCUUAGCGAUUUGCUCUGGAAUCAGAACAGCUUUCAUGAAUAUCAUAGUUUUAUGUGAUUUUUGUGUAGAAUAGGUAGAAUUUAGAAAUAUAUCUCUGAUCCUUAUAUUUUCCCAUGAAAUCAUGCAUGAAGAAUUGAAAAUCAAAGUUAUAAUGUUUAUACUUUUUUUACAUAAAUUGGAUCGAGUAUUGAGUAUACUACAUAAAAAACCUGUGAUAAAAUGCUUUAUUUAGUUUUAUAUUUAUUAAUUCGUAUUGAAUACUGCCUAGGAUAAGGUUUAAUUUAGGUAUAGAAUUGAUUUGUAACAAUUUAUUCUUAUCGUUUUGUUAAAAAAUGUGUAGUAUACUGUAACUAUAUAACCAUAUUUAUAUAGUUACUGUAGUCUAGUAGUUUUAUAGGAGGGUCGAUUUCAACCACAACUCAAUUUAUCGAUUUAAUCAGAUAUAAUUAAUUUACUCGUACAUUUCACUUGUAUAUUUUUUAUUGCGACUUGUAUUCUCUAAACAUGUAAUUGUAUGAUUGUAGAUAGUAAUUAGUAUGUAGUUUUUAUAAAAGUUUGUAAGUAUUCUUAUAUUUUCUUAAAAUAAAUGAUUUCAACAAUA